AUGAAAGCACUUAGUAAAUAUAAAGCUUUAACACAUCUGUUCUACCUGGACGCUGCCAACAAACGAGUGGGUGCCAUGAAGCUGAUGGGAGAACAACCCCUAGGCAGCCAUGCCAUCUACAUUUUUGAUGUUUUUCUCGGUGAGGUUUGGCUUUCAGAGACGCCCAUCCUGCAUCCUGGGUGCUGGCAGUUUUUGCUGUGGAAACUGUCCCGGGUGGAAGUGGCCCAGCCCGGUGAAAGGCGUAGAGGGACUUCUGUGGCUUUCUCAUUGCAGUCACCUCCAUCGAUCAGCUUGGAACGUUUUUACAUUUCAUUUUAUUUUUGA